AUGUCCUUCCAAGAAAGUGACCACAGAGCGCUAACAAAACGUAUCUUGUGGAAAUUAGACUGCCGAAUAUUACCUCCUUUGGCUCUCUUGUGGCUAGCGAACUUCAUCGACCGAAGUAACAUUGGCAAUGCUAGAAUUGCUGGGCUGGAGCGGGAUCUUGGGCUACACGGCAACCAGUUCAACACCAUACUAGCGGUCUUCUAUGCAUCCUACAUUAUCGUAGAACUCCCAUCUAAUUGGGUCAUCCAACGUGUGGGAGCGAAUCGCUGGAUCCCUCUCCUCGUAUGUCUGUGGGGCGUCGUGACCACUUUGACAGGUCUCGUACAGAACUUCGGCGGUUUGGUGGCGAUAAGGAUGUGCCUCGGUCUAUGCGAAGGCGGUCUGUUGCCGGGGAUGAUCCUUUAUCUCAGCACCAUUUACAAGCGACAUGAACUUCAGUUACGGGUUGGCAUAUUCUACGCCUCUGCCUCUUUAUCCGGUGCUUUCGGUGGCCUCCUCGCUACUGCCAUCACUAGGAUGGAAGGCGUAGGUGGCUUAUCAGGCUGGCGUUGGAUAUUCAUACUGGAGGGGAUUGCUACUGUCAUCCUUUCGAUCGUAUCAGCCGUUUUCCUUCCUGCUAAUCUCGAGUCGGCAAAGUUCCUCACCAAAGAAGAAAGAACUUUCGCAACACGGCGGUUCCGCAUGGACGAAUCCAUGAUAUCGGCUGACGCCAUUCCGGUGGAGAGGGAUACUCAUGAGAAGGAAGAUACGAUUCAAACACUAGAGUCUUCGCCGAAGGAAGUGUUUGCAACACACUGUGUUGAAGAAUUUGAGUGGCGAGAAGUAAUGAGAGGAGUGACCGACAUCCAGACAUGGUGCACCGGGCUGGCGUACUUCGGACUCAUUGUCAGCCUGUAUUCCUACUCCCUAUUUUUGCCAACCAUUGUCGCAGGACUCGGAUACUCAGGCGGGCAGGCACAGUUGCAUACCGUCCCACCAUAUGUUCCUGCCGUCGUUCUCACAGUUAUUGUAGCUAUCAUGAGCGAUAAGCUCAAGUGGAGGGGACCUUUCAUCCUGAUUUGUCUCCCCCUUGCAAUCAUUGGAUACAUUGUCGCUAUCACUGCGCAAACGAACACUGGGCGAUAUGCUGCGGUCUUCUUAAUGGCUGCCGGAGUAUAUCCAUCUGCUCCCUGUAUCUUAUCGAUCCUACCUAACAAUAGUAGCGGACAUUAUAAGAAGGCAACGACCACUGCGCUGCAGCUCGCUAUUGCAAACACCGGCGGAUUCGUCGCCACAUUUAGCUACACGAGCGAGAAGAUCAAGCGCCCAAAUACAUUCGAGGUCAUAGCAUCUCACUCGGCUUCCUCAUCCUAG